GUGGCGGAAGCAGCGGGAGGGAUCCCGUGGUCAUGGCUGAGGGCCGCCCGGGAGUGGCGGCGACGCUGCAGGCGCUGAACGCGGCCCUGGGGCGGCACUCCGCGCUCUGGGUGAAGGAAAGCGGCGCCCGCAACCUGCGCCACCGGGACUUCCUGGCGCCGCGGGCCGCGCUCAGCGCCGCCUUUCCCGGCGGGCAGGUGCCCCCCGAGGCCGUGUCGGCGGUGCCGUCGCUGCGGGGCCCAGCGGUGCUGCCGCUGCGCCCCCCCCCCCCCCCCCCCCCGGGGCUGGCGGUGCAGGUGCGGCGCCCCGAGGCCUUCCAGCGCCUGCUGGGGCCUCUGCCCGAGCCGGCCGCCCCGGCGGCGGGGGCCCGGACGGGCUGCGUGGUGCUGCACUGCCCGGCGCUGCGCAGCCCCGCCGCCCUGCAGCCCCGCCACCUCCGCUCCGUCCUGGUGGCCGAGCACCUGGCUCAGCUGCUGCGCGCCCAGGGGGUUAGCGUCCGCCUGGUCCCUGCCCUCAGCGAGGAGAGGAGCUGGGACGUCCUGCGGCAGCUCCGCGUCUACUGGCCCUCCGGCUCCGGUGGCUCAUCCCUCACUGAUGCCGUCUCGGCCUUGAAGGCAGCGCUGGACCAGUGCCCCUGUGCUGCAGCCUCUGAGCAGGGUGUCAUCUGUAAGGUGCACCUGAAGAGCUUCGUGGAGCAGCAGGGCUUGUUGGGCUACGACCCCAAUCUAGAUGUGCUUCUUGUGACAGAGGAGACACUGCAGUCUUUGGCUGAGCUGCAGGAAGCUGUUCUGCAGUGCCCAGCCAAAGGCCAGAGCAGUUGCUGCAGCAUCGUGCAUGUGGUGAACUGUGAGGAGGAAUUCCAGCAGCAACAGCUGGAUGUGCUCUGGAGGAUUUUGGAUCCGGGAGCCCACACAGCUUUGCAGAAACACCUUGUCUGUGGGCCUGUGAAGGUCACCAACCCCUCAUCGCCCAUUGGGGCAGACCAGUACUUCCAGCUCCGAAAGCACCAGAUGUAUGAAGCCUCUGUGAUGAAGUAUGGGGAGCUUGCACAAGAUGAGGCCUGGACAGAGGUGAUUGAUACCCUGACAGUGGCUGCCAUCAGGUUUGAGUUGCUGAGUACUGCUCACCGGAGUCAGAUCACACUGGACCUGGAGAACAGCAGCAUCUCCACGAAGGGAACAAAGAGCGGUGCCUUUGUGAUGUACAACUGUGCCAGGCUGGCCACGCUCUUCGGCGCCUUCCAGCAGGCUGUGGAGCAGGGCACAUAUCCCCCUCUGCCACCAGUGUCUCAGCUGAACUUCUCUUGCCUCCGAGAAGAGGGCGAAUGGCUCCUGCUCUUCAACUAUCUCCUGCCCUUCCCUGAAGUCCUGCAGCAGGCAGCACAGCUGCCCCCAUCCUCCAAGGGGAUCCGGGUCACUGCCAACACAGAGACAGUGUGCAAGUUCCUGAUCCAGCUCAGCAUGGAUUUUAGCUCCUACUACAACCGCGUGCACAUCCUGGGGGAGCCGUUCCCUCAUCUCUUUGACCAGAUGUUUGCACGCCUCCAGCUGCUGGGAGCAGUGAGGGAUGUAUUCCACAGUGCACUGGCAACUCUGCACCUCCCUCCUCUCAGCCAGAUCUGAGCCAAGGUGUGACAGUCACCUACA